AUGUGGGCAACCUCAUCCGCGGAGCCAAAAUCACCUCUCUGGUCCCCUCCCACUCCAAUCGAAACCACAACCCACCGCCCAUCCGGCCCCUCUAUAAGACUCAAGAACCAAGGCCGACGAAUCGCCCAGAUUGUGAAGCUGAAACCGGAGUAUGUGGAGGAAUACAAGAAGUGUCAUGCGAAGGUGUGGCCGGAGGUGUUGAAGCAGAUUAAGGAGAGUAAUAUUGAGGAUUACUCAAUCUUCCACGAUCCAGGAACUGGAAUCCUCUUCGCCUCCUUCAAGUACGUGGGCUAUAACUGGGCAGGCGACAUGGAGAAGAUGCGCGAGAACCCGAAGGUGCAGGAGUGGUGGCGGAUGACGGAUAGUUUUCAGGAGAGUUUUGUGGAGGGGGCGAAGUCAAGUGUAGAUGGAGAACCGGCUUGGUGGAAGGGUGUCGAGGAGGUCUUUUAUUUUAAUCCUUAA